AUGAAGUUCAUGCAGACGAGGCGCCAGUUGCUGCAGCUGAGUCGGCAGCUGCGUGGGUUUGAGCCCACACCGGGCCCGGAGCUGGCGCAGGUGCCGCAGCUCUUGCAGAGGCUGGACGUGCGGGACCACGCGCUCUUCGAGGAGUUCUGCGUCUUCUCCAGGCGCAGUUGGCGCAGUUUGUCCCCGCCGCAGCUGGCGCAGCUCUUCCGCGACACGGAGAACUACCGGCUGCUGCACGCCAGCAAGGGCACAGCGCUGUGCCGGCUGGUGGCCUCUCUGGCGGAGGGCCUUGAAGAUGUGCCGCCCAGGUCGCUGGCGGCCUUGUGCCACGGCGCCCUCGCUGCGAAGCGCCGCCCGCUGCUCCCGGAGCUCGUGGGCCGCGUCGAAGCCGCCGCGGCGGACGUGGCGGGCGCGGAUGCUGUGGAGCUGUUGGGGGCAGCUUCACCGGGCCACGGGCGUGAGCACUGCGCAGCUCGGACGGACUUGGAGACGGGUGGUAACGUGCCCUUUUUAACAGAAGAGGCGCCCCUGGCGAUGUGA